UUGAAUAUUAAUUAGUUACAUAUUCAAGCAUUUUGCUACUAAAGACUCUUACAUGAAAAAUGGCAAUGGAUCCAAAGAUUAUAAAGAAAACUCAAGAUAUUUUAGGCAAAGUUAUAAAAAAACCACCCUUAACAGAAAAACUAUUAGGAAAACCACCUUUUCGAUUUUUACAUGACGUUUUUAUGGAAGUGAUGAAAAACCAUGGUACAUUAAAAGGACUUUAUAGCGAAGCCGAAUGUAACUCUGCAAAUGUUACUGAAAAAGAUGCCAAGCUUAGUUUCCUCCAGAAGACUAUAGAUUGUUUGGGUUUUGCUCUUGGAGAAAGUUUAUCUGUUCGUCCAUCAAAAGUUGUUGCAGGGCAAGAAGCUCAUAAGACUAAUGAGCUUUUACAAGCACUUGGUCAAGUUGCCACUAAAAAAAUUGAUACCUCUGAUGCUGUUCGCAAAGUAUUGAGUGGAGAAAAAUCAGUUUCCAAAAAGUCAAGUAAAGAUAAAAAAGAGAACGAAGCUAUCAAUGAAGAUGCGAAUCCUAAAGAUAAGAUAAAACCUGGUGAAGAUAAAAACGAGACUGAAAAAAAUGACAAAAAGGUUGAAUCAAGUAGUAAAGAACAAGGUAAUAUUAAAGAACCAGAGUCAGAAAGAAAAAGAAAAAAAGAAAGCAGUCACUCAAGAGAUCAAGAGGAUAAAGAAAGAAAAAGCUCAAAAGCUAGAGAGGCAGAUGGUAAAGAGAUAAAAAAAGAGGGAAAUUCUAAAGACAGCGAGUACUCAAAAUCGGGUUCAGAAGUUUUAGUUGAACAAGAAAACACUUUAAAAGUAAAGGAAAAAACUGCCAGGGAAAAACAAGGAAGUUCCAAGGACAGAAAAGAUGGCAGUCACACAGAGAGAGAAAAGAGAGAACAUCAGCGUAGUUCUAAUGAAAAAGAAAAAAGAAGAGAGAAUGAACAACUAGAAACUGAGUCUGAUACUAAAGAGAAAGGAGGUUCAUCUAGAGAUAGAGAGAAAAGAAAAGAAAAGAUAGAUUCAGAAUCUGCCUCUAAAGAGAAAGAAAGUUCAUCAAGAGAUAGGGAGAAAAGAAAAGAGAAAGAAGGAAGAUCAAAGGAGAGAGAUAAAAUAAAAGGUGUUGAUGAAAAAAAGGAUACUAAACAAAAAGAAGGAGUAACAAAUAUUGAACAAAAGACAAAGCCACAUGAAGAUGAUCCUGAAAAAGUAAAAAAUAUUGAUGAGGUUGAUGGAAAAAAAACAAAAAGAGAUAGAAGGAAAAAAGAAAUAGAAGAAAAUGUUGAUAAUGAGGCAAAUAAAAGUAAAGAAAACAUAACUAAAGAUGAAAAUGCUCGAGCUAUGCAAAGACCAGCUUCAGCUAAAGGACCAAGAGUGAAACAAAACCAACAAGAUUCAGGUGAAGAUGAAGAUACAUCAAAUUCAGCAUUGCCAGCUGAAAAAAAUACUGAAAGUGUGCAAAAGCCUGUUCAAAAAUUAGUGCGUCCUAGCAGUGCGAGACCUGCACCACCAAAAGUUAAAAAAGCUGAAGUUGUUGAAGAACAAAAUGCAAGGGUUAAUUCUAAACCUUUGGCACCAGUUAUUAUGGAUAAUAAAAAUGACGAUGAAGAUGAAGGAUUUAUUGUAGAGGAAGAUCCAGCUCUUGGGAAUAUUUUGGAUAUGAAUCAAUCAGAAAGCAAUUCUGAUUUAGUUACUACACAGGAACAUGGGAGUCUUGUUCGAAAAAUGUUGGAAAGUAAAAAACAAGCCGACAAUCAAAACAACACUGAUAAGCAUGUUGUUUUUGAUGGUGCUCGCAAAAAGGAAAGAGAAAUUGCUGAAAAAGAGAUUGAUGGACUUCGCACAAGUAUUCAACAGUUAGUUAGAAGUGCUCAUCCUCUUGGAAAAAUAAUGGAUUACAUACAGGAAGAUAUUGAUAGCAUGCAAAAAGAAUUGAUAAUGUGGAGACAGGAAAAUCAAAAACAUGAACUCUCUCUUAAAGCUGAACAGAGCAUAACGGAAAAUGAAGUUGAACCCCUUAAACUUCACUUAAAUGAGCUUGAACAUGAGAUAGCCGAAAUGAUGAAUAAUAUUAGUGCCGUGAAAUCAAAUAUACUUCGUAACGAAGAAAAAAUAGAAGAUUUAAUUUUAGGAAUAUCAAGGUAGCAAAAAAUAGAAAUAAAAUAAUGUAGAGAAUUAUAGAAAGUAUAUAGAAAUUUUAAGCAUAUUGUAGAAAACACUUUUUAAUUAACUUUAGAUUUCGAGCUUGAUAGUUAUAAAGUUAAUAAU